UUUGGGACGAUCCCGGAGCAAACGGUCCACGAAUGGCCACGAUAUUGGAGGGGUGUGUCAGCCACGCAGAAUCUCGGAGCCGAUGUCCGUGACCUUGCCGGCUUCCAUUUCUAACCAAAUGUUCUUUUCCUUUCCCCAAGCUCCCUUCCUUGCCAUGCCUUUAAUUCAAAGCAGUGACAGUACUAGAGUCACCAGGCGAGGUACAACCAACAUCUUCCUCGAGGAAACAGAGCAAGCUUUGACGGAAAUUGGAGCUUCAAGGGAAGAGACGGGACGAUUCCUACGGGUCCACGCUCUUGCUCAACCUCGACCCACGGCCGGUCUAGGACCGCUCUUGUCCGAUACGAUGCGAAGCGAUCGAUGGCCUGGCACCUGCACCUUCACCUGCACACAUGCACUUGCAGUGUCAGGCGUCUUGUUUUCGGCAAACUUUUCUGUUCUUUCCUUCUGCUCGUGGACCCUCGUGCCCAUCAUAGUCUACUUUUCUCGUUCGUCCGUCUGUGUACACCAAGUGGAGGACAGCUACAAAGGCAAGCACACAAGGUACCAAGUGGUACUCGAGACAAUAGCUACUUGGCGAGUACAGAGUACAGGGUCAAGAUACCCUGAUUCUCUGUUUCUCAUGACCAGUUCCUGACGCUCCUUUCUUCCCUUGCCUGCCAGCCCAGACGCAAUGUCACUUAGUCUGCAUCAUCCACGCCCUGCCACGAUGCCGUGUAAGCGUCUUGGGCCACCUAUUGCGCGGUCGGUCCCUACCUUCAGAGCCAAGCCAAGUCGUAGGGCAGCUCCACGCAUCUCUUGAGGCUCGGCCUCCCUGCCCACUGCCUCUGCCAAGGUACCGGGUACACGUCGCCCAAAGUCUAUCGAGUACACAUGAGAAGCAACCUCGUGCCUGCCCAUGCGGAGCUUGAACGCUCGACGGCCGCGAUGAACCAUGACCGAUCCCGACUUUUGUGUCAUGGUCCAUCUUUUUUUUCCCUUCGGUCCCGUAGUCUAGUCCUGGUCACGUUCACGCCCUCGCAAACCUCCGCC